AUGCUAACACUUCUUGAACCACCAGGAGCAAAGCGUUCCCAGGGUCCAUCUAAUCGAUCAGCUCAACACCUUCUUCAUCUAGCACCAGACGAGGACGAUUAUUUCGAUGCUGAAACAGAAUAUGAUAUUCCAAAUGAGUUGAUAAGUGGGAACAGGAAUUCGUUCCUGAAUUUUCUCGACCGUUGCCUUGUCUGGAAAUCCAGUUCAGAUGAGUAUAAUAGCAGAUGGAAAAAAGAAUUCAGGCAGCGACCCUCAUGGUGUGAUGCAGAUCUUUGUCUCCAGCAAAUCAAAAGAGGAAAAGCAACUGGAAACCAAUGGGCUCUUUACUCCAGAAGUUUCAUCCAGAAGCUUCUUUUCUCUUUAGGAAAUUUUGUACAAGCCAAUGCAGCAACAGUUAUCUGCACCAUAUUAAUUUUGUUUUCUAUUUGUUGCUAUGGACUUCAGUAUGUUCGGAUAGAAACAGAUAUAGUGAAGUUGUGGGUUGCCCACGGUGGUCGGUUAGACGAAGAGCUCAAUUUUCUUAACAAAGUGCAAGAGAGUUUGAAGUUUAACGAUACGGACACGGUUGAGAUAGUACGAGAAAAUGGUUUAGGCGGUGGUUAUCAGGUUAUCAUCCAAACGCCGGAGGGACCGGGUCAAAACGCUUUGUCACUUGAAGGAUUACUUAAACAUGUUAAAAUCAUGGAGGAAAUUGCUAGUAUGAAUGUUGAAGUUCAUGGAAACAAUUGGACUCUUCAUGAUAUUUGCUUCAAACCAGCAGCUCCUCUGGGUGAUGAUCCUAUGGCCAAGAGUUUCGAAUCUAUAAUCGAAAGGAUUGUUCCCUGUAUCUGGAUAACUCCUAUCGAUUGCUUUUGGGAAGGAGGAAAAGCCUUGGGACCAUUCCCUCCUGUAACCAAAAGUGACAUCGGUACGUACAGUGGGUUAAUGCAAUCUCUUCCAACAUCUAACAAGAUAAAAUGGACAAAUUUUGACCCUCUCGCUGUCAUAACAGAAAUCGAUUCUGUUGCUCCUCUUGGAUCCCAUUUCUCUUUCUUCGAACGAGCUGGACUUGGCCAUGGCUACCUUGAUCGGCCCUGCAUGAAUCCGCUAGAUCCAGAAUGUCCUAAACUCGCACCUAAUUAUUACGAUAUCUGUCCCUACAUCGAGAGAUUUUUCAACUACACCCAAUCGAAGGGGAUCCAUAUUGUAUAUGAAACAGAGGACGAAAGUGGUGCUGCUCCUGACCUCUUUGAUAGCUUCUUGUCAUUCUUGAGCGGUGACGAAGAGGAUAGCGAAACUAAUGGAACUGAUUCUUCAAACUCAACUCUUUCAACUAUCACAACUACCACGACUACCACAACUACUACCACAAUAGAUCCCAAAAAACUCCUGAAAAACCCAGAAACUGCUUGUACCCAAAUGAGGGCUAGUGCAAUGGAAUGGAUGCAAAAGAACAGAGAAAAAUGGCAUGAAUUCCUUCAAGAGGAUGAAUAUCCAAAGUUCCCCAAUUACGGUGCAUCAAUGGCUGGAGGCUGUCCAGGUUUUGCUCCUGCUGUUCUUCGCUGGCCAGAGGAUAUGAUUCUUGGAGGAACUAAAAGAUCAAGUGUUGACAAUCAAUUAAACUUCGCCGAUGCUUUGCAAAGUGUUUUCUUAGUAGCCAGCCCUAACGACGUUUUUCUCCGAUUUAAAGACAGAAUUAAUAUGACUGAAGCACAAAAGAAAUCAUUCAAAACUGCUCGCGAUCUUCCUGUUUGGAAUGAAGAAAUUGCUGCAGAAGUUAUCCAAGCUUGGCAGAGAAACUUCACUUCUCGAAUGUAUAAACAUCAUGAUAACUUUGAUAAUGAGGGUAAUGAGAGAAGAACUAUUCAUCCUUUGGCUUCUACAUCUAUAGCUGACAUGCUCGAAGAGUUCUGUCAGUUCAACUAUACCAUCAUCUUUGUUGGCUAUGGCUUAAUGCUUGUUUAUGCCAUGAUGACUCAGUUCAAAAGAGAAGGUUGUCUACCUGCUUCUCAGUCUUGCAUGGGUUUAGCACUUGCUGGAGUUUUGACAGUUACUUUCGCUUCUGUCUCUGGACUGGGAUUAGCUACAUGGUUUGGAAUUGAGUUCAAUGCUGCCACCACCCAGAUUGUACCUUUUCUCACUCUGGGAAUCGGUGUUGACAAUAUGUUCAUGUUGCUUCAUAACUAUCAUGACGAUCUUCUUAUGACGGGUCGUCACGAGAUGGGAAUUCUUCUUCGAGAAACUGGUAUGAGCUUGCUCUGCACUUCUAUCAAUAACAUAUUAUCUUUCCUCGCGGGAACACUGCUUCCAAUUCCGGCUCUUCGGUCUUUCUGCGCCCAAAGUUCCAUCCUUCUAACAUUCAACUUCAUUGCUAUCCUAACUGUUUAUCCCGCAAUAAUCUCAAUGGACUUGCGCCGUAGAAAAGCUGGACGUAGAGAUAUACUAUGUUGUCUAUAUGGCGAUACGCGUGAAGAAAACUAUUCUAUGAUUUCGAAGCCUCAGAUUCAGCAGAAGAGAACUAUCGGCGAGCCUUCUUCCUGUCGUGAUAUCCCAAUGACGUACAAGGAUCUGUUAGAAGAAGUACCUGAGAGCUCUUUCAGUCUUCAAACAUUCAUUAAAAAUUACUACGUGCCACUUCUAGAUAAAAGCUGGUUUAGAUUCUUCGUAUUGUUCGGAACAUGUGCUCUCAUGACUGUUUCUAUUGCUGGUAUUUACAACGCCGAUAUCGGGUUGGAGCUCUCUGACGUGCUCCCUGAGCAUACGGCGCCUGCUAAGUUCCUUCAAGCCAGAGACAAGUACUUCAGUUUCUACCCUAUGUUUGCUGUGUUGAAGGGUCCCGAUAUAGACUAUGCUGGACAACAACAUUUAAUUGAAAGUUAUCGUAACUCAAUAGCUCAUUCGCGUUUUGUUAUCAAAGUGAAUAAUCAACCUACUGAAAAAUACUGGCUCGAAAUGAUGAGGGAAUGGCUGAAUAGUAUACAAUCCGAAUAUGAGACUGCCUUAGACAGCGGAAAGAUUGAUCUGUACGGAAAUGUUGUCGGUAAUGUAUCUGACGAUGCUAUCAUUGGGUUACGGCUGGUGUGUAGUUUCGGUCAUAACUAUAACUGCCACAACCGUGUGAAGAAAGUGAAGCUUGUGGAUCAUGCCGGAACAAUCAUAAAUGACGGUUUCUAUAAUUGCUUGACUGCUUGGUUUAACCAAGAAAACAUGAUGUAUUACGUUAGUCAAGCAUCAUUCUAUCCUACUCCUCCUAAAUGGGUUUUGGACCGUAAACAGCCUGUUCUCGUUCCUCCUGCCGACAAGCUGGCUUAUUCUCAAAUUCCUUUCUAUUUGACUGGACUGACUGAUACUUCUGUUAUCGUCACGAUGAUUGAAGAAAUCAGAGGAAUUUGUGAUAAUUAUACUGUGAACGGAUUGCCCAAUUUCCCUCAAGGAAUAGCUUUCACUUUCUGGGAACAAUAUCUUCAUCUUAAUGGAAAUCUACUGCGAGCAAUCGCCACUAUAGCUUUAGCCGUCUUCAUUGUUAUUUCUCUUCUUCUCUUCAAUCCCUGGGCGGCUUUGACCAUUUUGGUUAUCCUUGUUGCCAUGACCAUCGAACUCGCUGGAUUUUUGGGCUUCGCCGGAAUCAAAAUGAACCCCGUCUCCGCUGUCACCUUAAUAACAGCAGUCGGAAUUGGAGUUGAGUUUACGGCUCAUGUUGUUUUGGCUUAUUUAACGCAACUCGGAACUCGCCCGGAAAGAACUGCAUCUGCUGUCAAACGAGUUUUCGUUCCUGUAAUUCAUGGUGCUUUCUCAACUCUUCUCGGAAUUCUUAUGCUCGGAUUUUCUGAGUUCGAGUUCGUUGUCAAGUAUUUCUUCGUCGUAAUGUCAGCAUUAAUCGUCAUUGGAAUAAUCAAUGGCUUAAUUCUUUUGCCAGUGUUAUUAUACAUUGCUGGUCCUCCCCAAGAGAUCACACCACUCGAUGUACCACCUGGAAGAGAAUACUAUCUACCAUUGCCUCCACCUCUUCCACGUAAACGGCAGUGCCGUGAAGCAGAGACUGAUGAUGAAGAUGAUUCCCCAGGCUUGAUGAUGAGGGGUCAUAACUAG